AUGCUUCGGGACCAAGUCGUCGUCCUCCUCCUUACAGCCGCCUUGCUCGGCCCGAACCGGAUCCAACCAGUGAGCUCGCACGAGGAGGUUGGUGAAUGGCACUGCGAUCCGAACUCGGAGAUCCGAGUCCAGGCUGAGUUCCGACCCGGAAUUAUCACCAUCGACGGGAAGGUGGACGACUGGGAUGGCGUCGAGGGAUCUGAUUUCCCGCUGCUGCCUGCCCUAGACCCAGACGCCGAUAAGGAGUAUGAUGCCGGUAAACUGACUCUCAAGGUAGUGCACGAUGGGAAGGAUGCGUACUUCAUGUUGCAAGUUAAUGGAAACUAUGCUUAUACUCAAGGGUACGACAGUAGCAAAUGUGCAUCUGUUGCUCUAAUGUUUCAAAUUGGUGAAAGUGCAACAUACCACAGAAUGGGUGGCUGUGAAGAAGGGCCAGACUCUUGCACAAACAAGACCUGCAAGGGGCAUGAAGUUGACAUUAUGCACUUCUCAAUAGGCAACGCCAUUCCUGGACGGCUCUAUGGUGGAAAUCCAGUUGACAACAGAGAAGGAUAUGGAGGUGACAGGUUUGGCCAUUUGGUAGACAUGUAUUCGUGGAAUCCUCAUUGCAGAUACCUUGAUGGCAUUAGCCCUUCUGGAAAUGACACCAGUGCACAAAAUGACUGGCAAGGAUCUUGGUGGCACAGCAGCCUAACUGACCACUCUGGUUUCUUAGAGGUUGACAGUCCGUACUCAACGGAAGGUCAAAAGGGAACAUACUAUUUUGAAUUUUCAAGGCCUCUGAGAACCAUGGAUCGUUUGCAACAGGAUGCUCAGUACACAAUCGGUAAAUCAAACAAGUUUUCGGCUGCAUUCUGGUACCCCAUGGAUGGCAAACCAUGGCAUGGUUCUGCACAUUAUUCGAUCAGCUGUGAUUGGAUUCCUCUUGAUUUCAUACCGGGCCUAUCCGAGCCCACCAAGGUAGCAGCCCAACAGAGCUCAUGGGAUGCUGCAAGUGCCCUUUCCCUUUUCUUUUCUGUAGUGGCUUUGUGCAUGUCCGUUUUUAUCGGUCAUCGGAUGUCAAAGACCAGCAGAACAGCAAACUUCAUACCGAUGGAAAAUCUCUAG